AAAGGAUUAUGGACAAUGCACCAAAAGCCUUGUUAGCUCUUCUUAAAGCGGGGAAGUAAAGUAACACUGUCUGGCAACAAGAAUAUCUCAAUAUGUACAUUGGUUAAAUAAAUUGAAGAGAUUUCAUUUGAAAUGAAAAAAAAAAAAAAAAAAACCACCGCCAAUGUUGUGAGCUGCCCGGACAACAUAAUUCCACUGAAAUGAUCUGGGAAUGAGAGCCUUGGGGAAAUGGAAUCCGAGCUUCGACUGGUGAGGCGAACCUCUCUCUGUCACUCACUGUAGUGUUUACAGACACGCUCUCUUCGUCAUUGAGCUUGGAAGGAAACGAACCCUAGCCACCGCCUCUGCUUGUCAUGGACGGAGGAAGAAGAGACGGCGCGUCGCCCCCGGCGAAGCCCGGCAAGUUCACUGUGUACCAGAACCCUGCCCUUUCUGCCGCUCUCACCGCCAACAGCAUCCAGCCGUCAAGAUCAUCUCUCCUCUACGCCUUCUUUCUCUGCUCCGCUUCCACCUUCGCUUUUCUGUCCUUCAUCUUCAGGGAGGAUGGGUCGGUUGGCCUUUUGAAGCUCAAAAAUCUAUCUGAAAGGACAGCUUAUUUGUUUACCAGUGUUAUAAAGAUCAUUGGUGGGCUAGUUGUCAUUGGAACUGUCAUUGCCCUCUGUAAAGCCAUUUCUCUCCUUAGAGGAAGGAAUGAUGGGGGGAAAGGGACCAAGGAUCAACCCACUCUUUCAAAGCGUCAGCUGGGUCUUUUGGGGUUAAAGCUGAAGGUCGACCAAGUUGUAUCUGAAACACCAAAGAAACCCCCCAAAUCCAAAGCCUAUUCAACACCGACUUCAGACGUCCUCAUUCCACUCCAUCAGCCUAUCAGCAGUUCUAGUCAUUCAUCACGAAUCAGCAAAGAUAGAUUAAGCACUAGCGGGGGGAGUAAGAUCCGUACUCUCAGUACCCCAUCAAAGUCCCCAGGCUCUUCUUCUUUGUAUCUCGUGCCUGGAGGUUUCUCGCCUCUACCUUCUUCUCAACAGUCACUGGGUCCAGAUGUCUCGACCCCAUGGUCGAACAAGCGAGGGUCCUACGCGAAGGAGAUUACAUCUGAAGAGAAACUUGAACAGUUUUUGGCUGAAGUUGAUGAGAGGAUCACCGAAUCGGCUGGGAAACUUUCAACUCCUGCACCUACUAUCACUGGUUUUGGUGUAGCCAGUCCUGCUACUAUAGCCAGUUCAGCUAAUACAUCCGGGACUGCAAGGAGCACGCCUUUGAGGCCUGUACGAAUGUCUCCUGGAUCUCAAAAGUUCACCACGCCCCCAAAAAAAGGAGAGGGCGAUCUUCCUCCGCCCAUGUCAUUGGAAGAAUCAAUUGUAGCUUUUGAGCAUCUAGGCAUCUACCCUGAAAUUGAGUUGUGGCGUGAUCGCCUAAGGCAGUGGUUUUCUUCGGUUCUACUUAAACCUCUGCUCAGAAAGAUCGAAAACAGUCAUAUUCAGGUGAUGCAAACAACUUCAAAGCUCGGUCUUUCAGUCACAGUAAGUCAAGUGGGAAGUGAUACACCUGCUACCGGGACUCCCACAGUGUCUCCAAUGGAUAAGACCAAAGAAUGGCUUCCAGCAUUUACUCUAGAUGAAGAGAGCCUUCUUCAGCAAUUUCGUUCUAAUCUCGUGCAAGCUCUUGAUGCUUCUAUGCCAAAACUAUCUCUAAACAAUCUGCAGCAAACUCCACAACCGAAUCCUUUGGUUCCUCUGAUGCAGGACUGUGUGGAUGCAAUUACGGAACAUCAGAGGCUUCAAGCACUUUUAAAGGGAGAAUUAAUUAAGGGCUUGCUACCACAGAGCAGUGUUCCUGCAGAUUUCAUGGUAAAAAGAAUCCAAGGGCUUUCCGAAGGAACAUGUGUGAAGAAUUAUGAAUACCUGGGCAGCGGAGAGGUUUAUGACAAGGUGAACAAGAAAUGGAUUCUGCAACUCCCAACUGAUUCCCACCUGCUGUUGUACCUCUUCUGUGCAUUUCUGGAACAUCCAAAGUGGAUGCUGCACGUGGAUCCGGCAUCUUACUCUGAAGCCCAAUCGAGCAAAAACCCUUUAUUUUUAGGAGUUUUGCCUCCAAAAGAGAGGUUCCCCGAGAAGUAUGUCGCUGUCAUAUCUGGUGUCCCCUCGACUCUUCAUCCAGGGGCCUGUAUACUUGUUGUAGGAAGGCAAAGCCCUCCAAUCUUUGCUUUGUACUGGGAUAAGAAGCUGCAGUUAUCUCUUCAGGGAAGAACGGCAUUGUGGGAUUCUGUCUUGCUCCUCUGCCACAGAAUCAAGGUUGGGUAUGGAGGUGUGAUUCGUGGAAUGCAUCUGGGUUCGUCAGCCUUGAGCAUCCUCCCGGUUCUUGAUGCAGAAUCUGAAGACUUAAGAAUUUGAAAAUGCCUUUGUUUUUUAUUGAGUCACUUCCUUUUGUCUUCAAACUUAUUUCACGAGCAUGAUCUCCUUACCCCCUGAUUUUUGGUUCGGUGAUUACCCACUAUUUCUUUUUUAGUACAUAUAUCCACUGUAUAUAUAGAUAAAUUCUUUACUUGAAAUAUAGAGAGGGCAGAGCUAUAUACUGUGGCUCUUUGCUCUCGCCUAAUUUGAUUUUGGGGGGGAGAGAGGGAUCGUUUAAUCAGAGAAAGAAGACUACAACUAA